UCCUUUACUUCUUUUAUUUUCAACUCCUCCUGGCUCCUGUGCCUCCGUUUCCAGUACACCAAGCGGACUCCUUUCUUUGCUAGGGAAGUGAUAAAUUAGCUAGGUCAAAAUGGCUGGAGGUGCCAUCGCUGCGUCGGAUGGACGGGACUAUCCGGGCAAACUCACUUUCAAGGUCUUUGUGACUUGCGUAAUCGCAGCCACCGGCGGAUUAAUUUUUGGUUAUGAUCUUGGAAUUUCUGGCGGAGUUACAUCCAUGGAUUCCUUCUUGGAAAAGUUUUUUCCCGCUGUAUACGAAAAGGAGACAUCGAUCAGACCUUCUGAAAACCAGUACUGCAAAUUUGACAGCCAGACAUUGACGCUGUUUACUUCGUCCCUGUAUAUUGCUGCUUUGGUCGCAUCCAUUUUUGCAGCAACAAUAACGAGACAUUUUGGGAGGCGAACUACGAUGCUUUGGGGUGGAAUACUUUUCUGUGUUGGUGCGCUUGUCAAUGGCUUCGCUGAAAGGGUCUGGAUGCUUAUUGUUGGUCGAAUGUUUCUAGGUUUUGGUAUUGGAUGUGCCAAUCAGUCUGUGCCAAUCUACGUUUCUGAGAUGGCGCCGUAUAGAUUCCGAGGUGCUCUCAACAUGAUGUUCCAAUUGGCAAUUACUAUUGGCAUCCUCGUUGCCAAUCUGCUGAACUAUUUCUUCGCUCAGAUUGAGGGUGGUUGGGGAUGGCGCUUGAGCUUGGGGGGUGCCAUGGUUCCUGCUCUGAUAAUCAUUGCAGGUUCGUUUUGUCUUGCUGACACACCAAACUCCCUGAUCGAGCGUAACCAUUUUAAGGAAGCCAAGGAACAACUCGUGAAGAUCCGUGGCAUUCCUAACGUAGACGAGGAAUUCAACGAUCUGGUGUCGGCCAGUGAAGCCUCGAAAUUAGUAAAACACCCUUGGGUUACUAUUUUCCAGAGAAAGUAUAGGCCCCAACUCACCAUGGCCAUCUGCAUUCCCUUCUUCCAGCAACUCACCGGCAUGAACGUGAUCACAUUUUAUGCGCCUGUUUUGUUCAAAACCAUUGGUUUUGGAAGCAGCGCGUCGCUCAUGUCUGCAGUGAUCACCGGCACCGUCAAUUCUCUCGCAACCCUCGUUUCGAUUUUCAGUGUUGAUAAGUUUGGAAGAAGAACCCUUUUCCUACAGGGUGGUGCUCAAAUGUUCAUUUGUCAGGUUAUAAUUACAAUAGCAAUUGCUUUUAAAUUUGGAACGACUGGAAAUCCUGGAGAAUUGCCUAAGUGGUAUGCAUAUGGAGUGGUUUUCUUCAUCUGCGUGUACGUAGCUGGGUUUGCUUGGUCCUGGGGUCCUCUGGGAUGGUUGGUUCCGAGUGAGAUUUUCCCACUUGAAAUCAGGUCAGCUGCUCAGAGUAUCAAUGUCUCCGUCAACAUGAUCUUCACCUUCGCCAUUGCGCAAGUCUUCACGUCGAUGUUGUGCCAUUUGAAAUUUGGGCUGUUCAUCUUCUUUGCGUGCUGGGUGGUGAUAAUGAGCCUCUUCAUUCACAAGUUCUUGCCGGAGACAAAGGGCGUUCCCAUUGAAGAAAUGACGAUUGUGUGGCGAAAUCAUCCUUACUGGCGCAAGUUUGUUUCCUCCGACGGAGACGCUUCUGGCCCUGGAGGAGAUAUUCAGUUGGAAAAAGAUGCUGUAGAACAAAAAGUUUGAUUAUCGUAUGGGUUGUUAAAGCCUUUUCACUUUAUCAUCCUAUUUUUUUCCGAUAAAUCUGACGUUUGAUAGGACCGAGUUUUUGCGAGUAUUU